GUGUGGGCGGAGCAUCAGAGCUGGCCUUCCUCAAAGAACCCAAUGAUAUCAUUGCGGUGCGGGACCGCCCCCUAAUGCUUGACUGUCAGGUAGAAGGGGAGGGACCUAUCUCCAUCACUUGGAGACGGAAUGGUGUUCCUGUGGAAUCCGGCAUCAAGGCCACGGUGCUCAGCAACGGAACGCUGCUCAUCAGAAACUUCUCCAAGAGACGAGAGAGUAACGAGGCGGAUGCAGGAGAGUACGACUGCGCCGCCCAGAACCGCUACGGCAUGUUGAUCAGCCGCAAGGCCCGAGUCCAGCUCGCAUCCCUGCCUAAGUUCCUGUCUCACCCAGAGUCUGUUGCUGUGGAUGAAGGGGGUGUGUCCAGACUCACCUGUCAGGUUAAUGGAAUUCCAGAGGCCAACAUUACCUGGCAGAGAGACCGACGCCCACUGAGCACAGCGGACCCCAGGUACACUCUGCUCCCUAACGGGAUCCUGCAAAUCACCAGCGUUCAGCGAAAGGACAGUGGUUUGUUUCGCUGUGUCGCCUCAAACAUCGCCAACACUCGAUACAGCCAUGAGGCCCAGCUGUCUGUGACUGUUGCAGGAUCCAGAAUCUACCAGGAGCCUGUCAUUCUGUCUGGACCUCAGAACCUCACCAUCAACAUCCACCAGACGGCCAUCUUGGAGUGUAUCGCCACAGGGAACCCCCGCCCCAUUGUGUCCUGGAGUCGCCUCG